AUGAAUGACAGAAGACGAGUCAAUGGCCCACCGGGGGGCACAAGGCCUCCAGUGUAUGCCUCUUUGCUUCAAUCCGGGACUGGCGCUGACACCCGCGCCCAGCGCCAGCGACAACCUACCGAUCUAAGGAAAAUCUUCCUCAAGACUGGACUGAUUCCUUCGGCCUCGGGCUCCUCAUACCUUGAAUUUGAACCCUCCGCUUCUCUCGCUGCCGCCCGCAACAAUCCCAAAUCUCUGAUCCCGCCUUCCUCGGCUUUGAAGCUCGCCUGCACAGUCCAUGGCCCGAAACCGCUGCCUCGAUCAGCUCCAUUCUCUCCGAAUCUCGUCUUAACAACCCAUGUCAAGUACGCGCCUUUCGCAGCCCGCAAGCGCAAGGGCCAUGUCCGCGAUUCCAGCGAACGCGACCUGGGUGUCCACCUUGAAACAGCUCUGCGCGGCGCCAUUAUUGCCGAGCGCUGGCCCAAGAGUGGCCUCGAUAUCACUGUUACCAUUCUUGAAGCAGAGGAUGACCGCUGGUGGGGCGAUGUGCCGGACUCACACGAUGCCUCAUGGGGCAUGAUGAAUGUUCUGGCGGGCUGUGUGGCUGCUCUGGUUUCCGAUGACUCGACUGAUUCUUCUUCGGCGCUGCCGAAAUUGAUGCUGGACACAGACCCAGCCGAGCACCUCUCCAUUGUCUCUGCUUGCGUGGUGGCAUACAUGCCUGCUCGAGACGAGAUCACAGAGCUUUGGCUCAAGGGUGAUAGCUCCAAGGUCUCUUCUGCGGAUGGUGAUCAGCGAAGUGGUCAUGAAGCUUUAAUAGACGGUGCUGUUGAUGCUGCUCGGGGAGCGCAUACCGUUCUGGCGGAAGCUGUGAGGGAGUCACUACAGAAGACACUCGGCCAGUCUUAA